AUGGCUUUAAAAGUUCCAAAGAGUAGUUACCCUCAAUUAUUUAAAGAAGGUUACAAGAACCUUCAAGGUAUUGAAGAAGCUGUGCUGAAAAAUAUUCAAGCAAUCCAUGAACUAUCAGAAAUUGUUAGAACUUCCUUUGGACCAAAUGGACGAAAUAAGAUGGUCAUCAAUCAUCUUGAAAAACUUUUUGUCACAAAUGAUGCGGCUACCAUAAUUCGUGAAUUAGAAGUCGUGCACCCUGCGGCAAAAUUAUUGGUAAUGGCAAGUCAACAACAGGAACAAGAGGUUGGAGAUGGUACAAAUUUCGUCAUAAUCUUUGCAGGUGAACUCCUUCAAAGGGCCGAAUAUCUUCUUAGGAUGGGACUUCAUCCAAGUGAAAUUGUUCAAGGUUAUGAACUUGCAAGCGUAAAAGCUUUAGAAAUUUUAGAAGGUUUAUCGGUUGAUAGUGUAAAAGAUAUUAGAUUAAAGGGUGAAUUAGAAAAAUCAAUUAAAACAUCGAUUGCAUCAAAACAAUAUGGUUAUGAAGAUUUACUUAGUGAUUUAGUUAUUGAAGCAACAUUAUUGGUUUUGCCAAAAAAUCCUCAAAAUUUUAAUGUAGAUAGCAUACGUAUAGUUAAAAUUUUGGGUAGUAAUAUUCAUGAGAGUAGGGUAGUAAAGGGUAUGGUAUUUGGUAGGGAACCUGAAGGUAUUGUAAAUCAAGCAUCAAAAUCAAAGAUAGCGAUAUUCACAUGUCCAUUAGAUUUAACCCAAACUGAAACGAAAGGUACAGUAUUAAUUCAUAAUGCAAAUGAAAUGUUAAAUUUCACCAAAGGUGAAGAGCAACAAAUUGAGAAAAUUCUUAAAGAAUUUGAGGAUGCUGGUAUUAAAGUAGUGGUAACAGGUAGUUCUGUCGGUGAAUUGGCUUUACAUUAUUUAAAUAGAUAUAAUAUUAUGGUGGUAAAAGUUUUAUCCAAAUUUGAUUUAAGAAGAUUAUGUAGAGUUGUCGGUGCUAGUGCUUUGGCUAGGUUAGGUGUUCCUACCGCCGAAGAAAUGGGUUAUUGUGAUAUUGUUGAAACUGUUGAAAUUGGUGGUGAUAGAGUGACGGUUUUCAGACAAGAGGAUGAAAGUUCAAGGACUGCUACUAUCAUUAUUCGUGGUGCUACUCAAAAUACUCUUGAUGAUGUUGAACGUGCCAUUGAUGAUGGGGUUAAUAAUAUCAAGGCUAUUACAAGGGAUCCCCGUCUUGUUCCCGGUGCUGGUGCUACUGAAAUAGAAUUAGCUAAACAAUUAACUUCUUAUGGAGAGAAAACUCCUGGUAUAAAUCAACAUUCAAUUAAAGCAUUCUCUCAAGCGCUCGAAGUGUUUCCACGUACGCUAGCCGAAGAUGUUGGUCUAGAUACAACGGAAAUUUUAUCAAAACUUUAUUCAGCUCAUCACGAGCCAGCAAAUGAAUGUGAAACCGAUGGAGAUAAAUCCGGUGUUCGUAUCGGUGUUGAUAUUGAGAAUUACGAUAUUGUUGAUGUUACUAAAUUACCUAAUCCUGUGUUGGACGGUUUAUUAACCAAACAUUGGGCCAUCAAAUUCGCUACCGAUGCUGCUUUAACCGUUUUAAGAAUUGAUCAGAUUAUUAUGAGUAAACCUGCCGGUGGACCUAAACCUCCUCAACAAAAUGCUAAUUGGGAUGAAGAUUAA